CACACGGAACGCGGCGGCUACGGGGACAUCCAGGCAAGACGCUAGAACAAGAUAAACCUGUCCUGAAACAACGACUGUUCACGGCGUCCCGGGAUCCCGUGGUCGUAUUGCCAAGUUCCCAAGACCCGAGAAGUUAAAGCUGCCGCGCUCCAACUCUGUGAUAUCGACACUACCUGGUGCUGCUACGGAGAGAGAACCGGAGGGGAGAAGACACCUCGCCCAACUUGGAUCUCUUACAAACACUUUAUUUCUUUUAAUAGGGAUUUUUGGAUCUCUGCCGUCAUUGACAACAUUUUGCACACCAAGUGUGUUAUUUUGUUUCUUGUCCUUUUUGGGAUAUAUAGUGGUUUAGCAUUCGAUUCUUCUUUUUUUAAGUGCCUUAUUAACUGGUAGUUAUCCAGUCAGCGGGCGUGUUACCAGAGCAGCGACUCGCACUGUGAUUAUCACGUAUAGCAGCAUAGGAUCUAUUUCCCAGUCCAUCUUCACCAUGAGCCAAGCGGAUGUAUCGACUUGCUCCGCGCCGCAGCGGGUUUUCCAGGAGGCAGUGAAAAAAGGCAACACUAAGGAACUUCACUCGUUGCUCCAGAACAUGACAAACUGCGAAUUCAAUGUCAACUCCUUCGGGCCCGAGGGACAGACGGCGCUGCAUCAGUCGGUCAUUGAUGGAAAUCUCGAGCUCGUUAAACUUCUGGUGAAGUUUGGAGCCGAUAUUCGGUUGGCGAACAGGGAAGGCUGGAGUGCCUUACAUAUUGCCGCUUUUGGAGGACACCAAGACAUAGUCCUAUACCUCAUCACUAAAGCAAAGUACUCAUCUGGCGCGCGGUGAUCUGCUUCAAGCUGUCAGGUAAACACGGAAAGCCAGGCUCUUGUAAAUUUGCGUUUCCAUAGUUGUGCCAAAUUAUUAUUAAAGAAAACAGUAAACUUCCCUCUGCCUAUUCAAACCAAACGGGGGUCCUUCUGGCUCGUGAGUGAAACAGACAUCACACGGUUCUCGCAUGAAUCUUGAAAAAUAGAAAACGCCAUUUAGGUGGGUUGGUACUAAAGCUUUUUUCUUGAAUGUGUAUAAUAUAGAUUGGGACGUUUUAAAAAAAACAAAAUUGAAGCCAGGUGUGUUUUACUCCCGAGUUCAGUUGGCCUUUCACGCGGCGACGGUCUCAUCCUCGCGCCGCGGUUCCACUGAAACGCCUUUUUCUCCUCGAGCUUCCUCUGAGUUGUCGGUCUGUGGCUCCACGCUGUUCACUUGUAUGACCCUUCUAAAUUAUUUUGAUAUAGGCCUAAAAGUUGGCACUUGAUGCUGCGACUGCAUGCUGGAAUAGCUUAAAGGGAAGAACAUGAACACUGCCGGGGAGGCCAUCCUCUGUUUGGGCUACAUAGUAUGUUUUUCUCCUUUUUAAUUAAAUAUGAUUUUUUUCAAAGAGCAGCAUUAUGAUAUCCAAUUCGCUUUUCAGACGUGUAAUCAUAACAGCAUUUGACACGUGUGUUGUUAAGUACUGUACACAAUAGCUUUACUUUGUUUCUUUGUAAAAGUAGCUAAGCGCUCUCGCCGCUAAGCCAGCAGGCUGCCGGCACCCUCUUUCAGGCCAGUGCGACCAGUUGUCAAUGGUUACUGUGUUACUAAACCGCUGCUCUGCUUUGUAUCAAAACGUCAGGAAAGUCGCAUUCGGAGUUCAGUUUAUGCUCUCAUUUCAGUAUUGUAUACCAUCCUGGUCCUCACUGUGAACACAGGCUGGCGUAUUUAUGAAGGUACAUUGAGAAGAAGGUGCAUUUUGAAUAUGUUGUGGUUUAUUUCUUUACAAAAAAUCAUUAAGUUUUAAGAAUAUUUAGGGUGACUUAAAAAAGCUGCUUCUGACUUGUACUAGGCCUAGGUUUAACAACUGGCCCCUGUGGAGACACCUUCCUAAGCCCUCUAAAUUGGUCUGCAACCGAAAUGCUUCCUAACUCAAUCCCCCUUGAACUCGGUUUGGUUCUUAUUGCCAACUACCUCGACUGUGAAGAAUUAAACCCCGACCUCACCACCGACCAUGCAUUCUCUCACAGGAGAAUCUCAACUCACACACUCCACAAUAGAUCCCCACACUUCUUUAAGAGAUGAACAGGACCCAUUUUAGUAGCAGGUUCCAAAUGAAGACCUGUUUGUAACCCAGCAAGCUCCAAUCUCUGUCAAUGCAAUGGGAUCCUUCUUGCCCAUGAAUGGUCUCCAACCGGGACAGUAUGCUUUUUUUCAGAAGCUGAACGCCUCUCAAGGUAGCUCUGCUUGAUUUCUAUUUUAGUGACACACAAAAAAAUGGAAUUUUAUUGCAUGACAUAUAAUAUGCAGGGAGUUUUAUUGCACAAAAAAUGCGGAGCCUUUUACGCCCCCUAGUGCCUCGUCGGGUAACUGCAGGAGCUGAGGGUUACGGAUAGAGUUACUACUGAGCAGGACUAUAUAACGCGUCAUUACUGUUUUACUAUAAAGACUGUUAACAUCACAUUACUAUUGCAGGAUAUCAAUAGAAAUUGGUUUAAAAAACAUUCUGCGUUUUGAAAAGUCAUGGCACCCUAAUGUUGGUUUUCAAUGCUGCUUGUGUGUUUCUGUGCCUUCGUGUUGAGUUUUUAAAACCCUGCUACUCAGUGGCCAACAGAUAGAGAAAGUUCUAACUGACAGAGCAGCAUCCAGGUCCCAGGAAGACACGAGUAUGCACUGUGUGUGUUUGCGUUCAUGGAAGUGUGAGAGAGAGAGCGUGUGCGUGACGAGAGAGCGUGUGCGUGACGAGAGAGCGUGUGCGUGACGAGAGAGCGUGUGCGUGUCUCUGUGUGUCCGGUGCUUGGUUGGGUCGAGACAGAUGUAUGGAUGUUGAAGGUUUGUGUGUGUGUGCAGAAAUGAUGUGUGUGUACCCUGUGUCUGCUAUGCUGCGCUCUGUGUGCCAGUCUGGAUGUGUCUCUGUGCGUGGGUGUUUGUGCCAGUAGUGUUUAUGUGUGUGUGUCGCCUGUGUCUGCUGUCCUGUUCUGUGUGUGUAUUGUCUGCUCUCUGUGCAACUCGUGUCUCUCCUGCAACCUGGUGCUGUUGGUGCACCCAGAGUGACGUGCACCAGGGACACUGUCUGAGGACCAGCAAACAAACAAACAAACAAGCCAACAAAACAGAGGCGAUAGGUAAACAACAACACAAUCCAGAUUGGUAAUAGCAUCAAAACAGAAAUAUGCAUCGCUUGUCUUAAACUUGAUCUUUUUAUUUGUUUUGGUAUUUUAUUUUCUUCGUUUUUGUUUGAAUAUUGCACUGAUGUCUGUUGUUGAUUAGUUGGCUUUACGUCGACAUAUUUUUUUUUUCUGAAUAGAAAAAAAAGGAACACAACUAAAUAUUAUUGUAUAAAGUUGCUCCAGGUUGUCAUGUCUAUUGUGUGUGUUACUUUGUGAGACAUGAUGUUUUCACAAAGAUGUAUGUAUCUCUAAGAUCGGGUGUAUGUAUAAAUAUAUAUAUGAAUAUAUAUAAACGCUGAUAAUAUCUUGGGGAGCCUUCUUUUCUGAAGUGUAGUCCUCUAUUGUUCUGGAUGGGGAAUGAUAUACAUUUGAUGGUAAGGUCAUUGUAACAAAAAAUAAAUUGCACGGUGUGUAGUUGCUCUACUCAACAGUGUCAUAACAUUUAUGGCGGGUAGAGUGGACGACUGGAUAGGUGUGUAACUGAGUGAGAGAAAGUGUUGACUUCUUUGGGCCAAGUUCUGUGUCUUCCUCAAGCUGGAGGAAGGUGAAUGAGAGGGGCACGGUUCCGUCGUGUUGAUUUAGGAUUUUUUUCCUCUUUUUUUUUGGUUUGGUUUUGUUUGAAUUUUUGUUUUGAGCGUUUGUAACACUGUGAUUGUGUGAGGAGUGGAGGAGAUGAGUGCUGUAAUAUUUUUGUACGUUUGUGUACAAGCCAGUAAAGAAAUCAUUAAACUCA